AGCUCUCGAGGGCUUGGGACGGUCGCAGCGUCGACCGCGCCGCGCAGGCUUCUCGGAGUCGCGACCUUGGAGCGCGGGAGGCCCCCGCGCACUUUCCCGGGGGCCGCAUCGCCGCAUCGCACCGGGAGUGAGGAUAAUCGUUGUCGAUAAGCGGUCGCGUCCGCACACGCGCGCGUUUAACAGCGAGACAUGGAGGCAACACGAGAGUGGGUCGGCACCGUCGCCGGCGUCGUGACUCUGGCCAGCUUCGUCGGCGGCCUGUCGCUCGCCUGGCGCGUCCGGCGAGCGGGCACCUCGGCGGGCGUCGCGUUCGCGCCCGUGGCGGCGGGCGCGGUCUGCUGCCACUCCUGGCUCCUCUACGGCCGCUUCGCGAACGAGCCCGCCGUGGUGUGGGUGAACGCGUGCGGCUUGCCCCUGGUGCUCGUCAACGCCGUUGUGCACCGCGCGUACGCGCGGGACAGUGGACCCGGUUGGGUUUUGCUCGCGGCGCUGGGCGCGCUGCAGUUGGCGGCGCCGAUGAUGACCGUGGUGUGGCUGGGCCGCGUCGCCUCGCUCUACACGGUGGCCUGCAACGCGGCGCCGGUCUCCCGGAUCUGGACGGGCCCGUUGCCCGAGCUCGCCGUCUGGGCGCUGGCAGCGUGCGGGCUCUGGUCGACGUACGGGGCUCUUGGAGGAGACGUGCCGCUGUGCGCGUCCAACCUGCUCGGGGCCCUGGUGGCGGUGGCCGAGUUGACCGCGGCCGCUUUGAACAGGCGGCAGCGCAAGCAGGAGUAGCAUAUAUGUCUGUGAUACUAUACACGAGGGCGGGACAGGGUGUUGUAGCAAGCCUCGAAGCGCCGUCUACGACGUGACGCCGUCUACGACGAUGCUGCAGUGGCUUGGCACAAUGCAGGCUCCUGCCCAGACAGGGUACAAAACAGUGUUGGCGGUUCCAGCAUGCCUCUGCGAUGUUUGCGAGGGCUGCAGGGUGCCUACACGAAUGGGGUGUGUGCAAUAUACCGUCAAGCAAUACAAGCCAUACGCCUGCUGCGUUUGGACGUGGCCACUGCAAAUGUGCCUGUCGAGUGGCAAACAAAAAAGAACGAAGCAGUAUUUGCGCUACGAAUGACGGAUCAUCGCGUACAAUACCUUUAUAUAGCUCAAAAAAGAUAAUGUCUAUUAUACAUACAAAACUUUAGCCAAUGUUACUUCGCUUGGGCAAGCUUCUCCUAUAAUGACAUUUCCUGUUGACAGAAGUGUUUUCUCUAGGACUGUGCAAUAAAUGCUCUGUUAAA